AUGGUCCGCUGUACUCACAAGGGGUGCGGCCAGGACUUCGAACCCGAGAACAAUGGCCCGGACAGCUGCACAUACCACCCCGGUGCACCCAUCUUCCACGAGGGCCUCAAGUCGUGGUCUUGCUGCUCUGACGUGAACAAGCCUGUCCUAGACUUCGAUGAGUUCAUGGCGAUUCAGGGAUGUACCACAGGCCAGCAUACCGACGAGGCACCCCAGGCCCCGCCACCCAAGGCCGCGCCCCAGGUCAAUCUCACGAUGACCUCCUCUUCAGGCGCCGCCGAGACCUAUUCGUCUGUACCCGCGGGUUCAAGCACGUCCACACCAGGCUCCAAAUCGGUGUCGGAGGCGGUGGUCACUAAAUUUGAGGAGGAAGAGGAUGAUCUGGAGGCGAGCGUACCUCCAGGAACAACGUGCAGACACAAAGGCUGCAACGUGGUGUAUGAGAACGACGACUUGCAUCGCAAGGAGGGCGGGGCAGCAAGCGAGUGCACGUACCACCCCAAACCGCCCAUUUUCCACGAAGGCAGCAAGGUACGUCUGCAGAGCAGACCCGACCAGUCCAUUGCACCCGUCCUCACUGUGGCCAAGGGCUACCUCUGUUGCAAGCGACGCGUCCUCGAGUUCGACGAGUUCCUCAAGAUCGAGGGUUGCACGAAGGGCAGUCACGUCUUCGUCCCGAAGAGAAAGGCCAACACGCAGCAGGAAGAGUUCACGCAGUGUCGAAUUGACCACUAUCAGACGCCAAGCGAGGUCCAUGCCUCGGUUUUCGCAAAGAAGGCUGACCCGGAGGCGAGCACCAUCAAAAUUCAGGAGACCGAGGUCUUCCUUGACAUCUACCUCCCUGACUCAAAGCGCUUCCGGAAGACGCUCCAGCUCUGGGGCCCCGUUGACGUGGACGCGUCAUCCUUCAAGUUUUACGGCACGAAGGUGGAAUUGAAGCUCAAGAAGAAGGAUAACCGCAGUUGGACGUUGCUCGAGAAGACGGACCGGGACUUGGGUAACAUUAACUUCACCUUUGGGGUCGGCGGUCGGACGGGCACGAUUGGCGCGAAGGAGCUCGUCUUGGAUGACGUCAACAGGGCACGCGCGUGA